AUGUCUGUCAGAUGGACUUCCAAUGGCGGUAGAUACGAUGUUGCUGUGGCAUUUUACGAAAGGAGACGAAGAUUGGUGGAAGUGCGGACAAUCUAUCAGGAGAGAUGGAUCACACGUAUCCUCUCAAAGGAGACAUACAAGUUUACGGAGAGCAUUCACAUUUGCAGAUCUGUUCCCAUUUCACUUCCAACGCAAGAAUUGGACCAAUUGAAUGAGGAAGAACAAAGUGUAUGGAAUAUGGCAGAAGAACAGACAAAGAGGAACAAUGAGAGUCAUGCAAAGGGGAGCCAUGAGAAUAGCAGGCACAUGCACAGGGUCAAGAUGGUGUCAUCAUCUCACAGAUCAGCUCCAUCGAGAGGAUAUGGCAUAGAUUCGUUAGGCUACUGGGCUUCAUCUCGACCCUCUUCGUACACCUUCCGACCAGCUGUCAAGUGCCAAGAAGGACAAAAGGCCGUCACGCACAACGCGGCGGACAGCAAAACCGACUCAUCACCAUCUAUGGUCCACUCAAAUCGGGACGCAGGAACAUAAUCGUUACUGUGAACGAUUGUGGCACGACCAGCCUUCUACGGUUGGAGAGGUGGAGUUUGAACGAUGGUGAAUAGCAGG